AUCAUUGCUAACCGCGUUUGCACUUUGAACAGAUUUCUCGACAAUAAUAAUGGAAGAUGUGACUGGGGCUCAGCUCAUUGCAGAGGCACUAAAAGCUCAGAAUGUAGAAUAUAUGUUUGGAAUAGUUGGUGUUCCAGUCAUUGAAGUAGCUAUGGCAGCUCAAGCCUCAGGAAUCAAUCCAGGUGCGUGUCUGGUUGUGUCUGGACCGGGACUCAUCCAUGCACUUGGUGGAAUGGCCAACGCUAACAUGAACUGUUGGCCUGUGAUUGUUAUUGGAGGCUCCUCCGAUCAAAACCAAGAGACCACUGGGGCGUUUCAAGAGUUUCCACAGGUGGAGGCAUGCAGAUUGUACAGUAAGUUCUCUGCUAGGUCUAGCAGUCUGGAUAUGAUCUCCUCAGUGGUAGAGAAGGCAGCACGCACUAGCAUGUAUGGACGUCCAGGUGCUGUAUACGUAGACAUAUCUGGGGACAUGGUCAAUGCUAAAUUGGACAGGAGCAGAGCCAGAGAGGUGCCCUGUAGUCCACCUCCUCCUGUGAGUAUGGCUGACCAUAUGGCGAUCACAGAAGCACUGGCGGUCCUGAAAGGAGCCAAACGGCCUUUACUCAUCAUUGGCAAAGGUGCAGCCCAUUGAAGAGCAGAGGGGGCUCUGAAGGAGCUGGUGGAGGGGUGAGACCUGCCCUUCCUGCCCACCCCCAUGGGUAAAGGGGUGCUGCCUGACGAUCACCCCAACUGUGUUGCUGCUGCCCGCUCCAGGUCAGCCUCUCCUUCUCUCAGCUGGCAUCAUAUUCAUGUACAGACCAUUGACUGUAUAAGUAGGACCAAGAAUUUCCCUGACCAUUUGAACGGACCAGGAAACUCCUGAAAUCCCUAUCUAUAACUAGUCUCUCCUGGCCAGGUCAUGUCAAUGUAAACUGGUGUCAAUCAAACAACUACACUACUCCUAUAACUAGCCUCUUUUCAUUACAUUUUGUUUUGUCCCUGCUCUCCUCCUCCUCUCUUCCUAUCCUCCUCCUCCUCUCUUCCUAUC